AGCAAUGAUCACAAACAAAGACAGGACAGAAAAUGAUCAAGAUGUGAAAGUCAAGACACGGGCACCAUCCGCCUCCAGAUUUGGUUCCUUAUUCGGUACGGCUGUGCGGUCUUGUAGCUGUGUUAUGUAGUGCUGUCCCGAUGUGGUGAUGUAGCCAUUGUGGUUUGUUGGGCUGAACAUGUUUUAACCCCUACUCUUUGGAUUAAUAAUUAACUCAUGAUAUGUAAGUUACAAUGAUUUACCUCACUAAAAUCACAAAGUGCUCUAUUUCUAUGUUAACAGUUCGCCAAAGUUGCGCAUGGGCUGAAUGUAUCUAUCAUUACUAAACUACUGGCGGACAUACAUACGUUAUUUAACGUUAUUUUGUGCAGGAUCCGUCGGCAAUGUGAUAAUGAUAACUAACAUUCCUUCCUCUAUGAAACUUAUGUAACAGUACCUAAUAUAUUUUGUGGACGCGUCUUAUCAACAGCAUCCCUUCUGCCAUUACAUGCAUUUUGGGUGUACCUAAACCAGAGGCGGGAAACCUAAGGCCCGUGGGCAACCUAUGGCCCGUGGGAAACCUAAGGCCCUUGGGAAACCUAAGGCCCGUGGGAAACCUAAGGCCCGUGGGCAACCUAAGGCCCGUGGGAAACCUAAGGCCCGUGGGCAACCUAAGGCCCGUGGGAAACCUAAGGCCCGUGGGAAACAUAAGGCCCGUGGGAAACCUAAGGCCCGUGGGAAACCUAAGGCCCAUAAGGCCCGUGGGCAACCUAAGGCCCGUGGGAAACCUAAGGCCCGUGGGAAACCUAAGGCCCGUGGGAAACCUAAGGCCCGUGGGAAACUUAAGGCCCGUGGGAAACCUAAGGCCCGUGGGAAACCUAAGGCCCGUGGGCAACCUAAGGCCCGUGGGAAACCUAAGGCCCGUGGGCAACCUAAGGCCCGUGGGCUAAUGUGACCCACUGAAACGUUUUAUCCGGCCCCGAAAGACAUUCCGGGAAUCGCAUGAACGUUUUCGUAACAUGUACAGUGCUGCUCAUGGGUAUCUGUAAGAGACAUGGGAAAAUCAUAAUCACAAUGUCAAAAAUGUUAAACUGUACAAAAAAAAAUAAUGACAGCAAAUAUAUUUUGUUUAAGUAGUCUACUGCUUAUUUUAGAACUGACCUCGGAGUGAAUUAUCUAAGGCAGCUUGGAUGAAAAGCAGAACCUGUAUUCGUUGUAAAACUUUGUAAAUAAUUGCGGUCCCCUUCGCUCGAUGACUGGAUAUCUUUGCUCCUAAAUGUUCAAAGUUUUAUAAGUUGUUGCAUAAAUUAUUAUUUAUUUUUUUUUGGUCAAAUAAUUUGAGUUACUGGUGCUAUUAAUAAUAGAGUAUAAAAAUUUAGAAUUAGAUCAAGUUAAUUCUGGAGCUCAAGAUUCCCCAAAAAAUUUUCAAGCAGCCAUUUAUAAAUGAUAAGAUCCGAAUUGCUCUGUGCACUGACUGAAGCUGUACCAAGCGGCCUGGUCCAAACUAGCUCGCCACCUCAUUACGCCAACACCCUUGCCGUGAAUAGCUGACACCCCAGCUGUGACCAGCUGACAGCCCUGCUGUAACAAGCUGACACUCGUGCUGUGACCAGCUGACACCCGUGCUGUGACCAGCUGACACCCGUGCUGUGACCAGCUGACACCCGUGCUGUGACUAGCUGACAUCACUGCUGUAAAAAGGCGACACCCAUGCUGUGACUAGCUGACACCCGUGCUGUGAUCAGCUGACACCCGUGCUGUGACCAGCUGACACCCGUGCUGUGACCAGCUGACACCCGUGCUGUGACCAGCUGACACCCGUGCUGUGACCAGCUGACACCCGUGCUGUGACUAGCUGACAUCCCAGCUGUAACCAGCUGACACCCGUGCUGUGACCAGCUGACGACCCAGUUACGGCCAGCCAACACCUUUGCUGACCCCACGGCUCUCAUCUAAAUGUUGCGCCUGCCCAAUCAAGAUCGGUCGAUAAUUUUUCAAAACCACCAAAAGUUUCUAUUUGAAACCCUCGAAUGUCUUUACUUGAACGCAUUCCUUAUUUCUUUCCAGUUAAGAAAAACCGACAGCAGUCGACGGAAACUCUGGAAAGUGAUGACCAGUAUGGUAAUGUGUACAUCCCCACUCCCCCCACACAAAUACCACCCCACCAGACUGGCUGCGUAGAUCGCCCCACGCCCAAGCCCAACGAGAAAUCGGGCUCCCCGCUGGCGUCUUCCCCCCACAAGAAGAGGGAGUCGGUCGUCGUCAAAAACCGGGAGUCCUUCGCCAAGGAGUACGAGCCCCCACGUUUCCACAAGGUCCCGGUUCACAUUCAGUGUACGCACUGCGGUAAUCUGGUGUACACGGCGACGGAGAAAGUCAGGGGAAACGCUGCGUGGACGCUGUGCUGCAUGUUGGUCUUGACCGGGUAGGUACAUGAUGUGUUGCGUGUUGGUGUUGACCGGGUAGGUACAUGAUGUGUUGCGUGUUGGUGUUGACCGGGUAUGUACCUGAUGUGUUGCGUGUUGGUUUUGACCGGGCAUGUACCUGAUGUGUUGUGUGUUGGUGUUGACUGGGUAUGUACCUGAUGUGUUGCGUGUUGGUGCUGACUGGGUAUGUACCUGAUGUGUUGUAUGUUGGUAAUGAAUGUGAGAGUAUCUUACAUGUUGUAUUUUGGUAUUGAAUGUGAAUGUAUCUUACAUGUUGUAUGUUGGUAUUGACGGGCUAUGUACCUGAUAUGUUGUUUGUUCGAUAUUGACUUGGUAUGUACCUGAACCCCCCCCCCGGGCCACCCCACCCCCCCCCCCCCCCAAUUUUUUUUUUUAAACACCAAACAAAAAACAACAUACCCAUAUUUUACAUGUUGUAUUUUGGUAUUGUAUGUGAAUGUAUCUUACAUGUUGUAUGUUGGUAUUGACGGGCUAUGUACCUGAUAUGUUGUUUGUUCGAUAUUGACUUGGUAUGUACCUGAACCCCCCCCCCGGGCCACCCAACCUCCCCCUCCCCACAAUUUUUUUUUUUAAAAAGCAAACAAAAAACAACAUAUCCUAGCACGUACCCGACCCUUACCCAACUCAUCACAAAUUCACUCCCCGACCUACUAACCCAUUUCUCACCUGCCCUCUUUCAUUAAAUCCGAACGCGGUGAAAAAUUUAAGAUUCGAAAAUGAUCAGUGUUAUAAAUUGGGACUUUUCUGUAACACCCAACAGUUUGAAAACCCACAGACAAUCAUAUUUCAUAAACAAUUCCUAUUGCGGGUGUUAAGGGCCAAACUAGUUGCACCGAUGCCCCAAAAUUCUCACCGUUUAACGGCUUUCCUUGAGCGAAUUUGUGGAGGUCACUGGAUCGGAUGCUCGAAACUGACAAAUCGGGUCCAAACAGUUAUCGCAAAAGGCUUGACCUAGAAGCAAUCUAUUAUCGAGUUCGGAGAACCCCAUGACUCGGUCCUAGGCCCGAUGCUUUUCACUAUGUACAUGCAGCCUCUGAGCGCAGUGAUCAAGCAGUUUGAAAUGCUAUAUCACAUGUUAGCAGAUGAUACCCGAUUUCAGCAGUCUGUGAUCCCCUCCCAGUUCCCUCAACUUCUAAGUAUGACACAGAAGACAGUGCAUGGAGUCAGUUAAGCACAGGAUGACAAUAAACGAGCUCAAAUUGAACGAAAAGACUGAGCUGAUCCCAUUGCUACCACUCAGAUGCUACCGCUCAGAUGCAAACAUCUGUAAAUAACACACCACCCCUUACUCUCUAAGGUUUUCAGAUUGAGUUUGCUCAAACAGUGCGAAACCUGGGUAUCUACUUAGACAGAACACUAACUGCAAAAUCACAUUAACAUGCUUUGCAAGCUGGUUUACCUAGAGAUGUGCAAAAUAAGUCAUAUCAGACCUUUUGUAACGUUUGGUGCAUCAAAGAGGCUUAUGUUCACAUUAGUGCCAACACUAUCACACAUGGACUAAUAUACAAUGCUCUCAUGGUGGGUCUUCCGGCUACGCUCCAAGAUAAAAUUCAUAAGCACAGAAUAAUGCGGCUCGCUUUAUUAUGCGCAAACGCAAAUUUGACCAUGCUAAAACUCUUCCGAGAGAGCUGCAUUGACUGCCGGUCCGUGCUGGCAUAGAGUACAAAAUUGCAACUCUGUGAUACCGCUGCUUGUAUGACCUCAUGACGCCGUCCUAUCUCAAAGAGCUCAUGACGUCUUAUGUACCCGCAAGAUCACUCCGUUCAUCCGAUAAUGGCAAACUCUAGAUACCUCGAGUCCACCCUGAGACCUACGGAAGGCGCACUUUCGCGUUUGCUGCCUCAAGAAUCUGGAACGCCCUUCCUGUCACUCUCAGAAGAGCCAGGCACUGCAGUCUUUCUAAACUAAAUUGAAAACACAUCUUUUUCGCACUCACGUGCAAGGGUUAUGUAGUCUACCUCUUUGCUUCCAGUUUGCUCACAUUCCUCGAUGUAGAUUUUGUAUUGUUCAGUUAAGUAUUUUAUUUGUGGAAAAAUAUAAAUAGUCAUUACAUGAUUAAUUUAGUACCGUGCUUCGAGCCUUUAUUAGGGAUGAAGCGUGAUUUUGACAUGAACUUUAUUAUUUGUAAUAUUAUUAAGUAUGUUUAUCCCGUAACUUCUUUGCUUUAUCCAUAGGUGUUGUUUAAUUCCGCUUUUUCACGAACGUGCACAGGACACUGAGCACCGCUGUCCAAGGUGCCAUAAAGUGUUGGGUAAAUACAAGGUAGAAAUAUUCUAACGGACUGCAUGAGAACGUCGAACAGGAAAUAUUGCAGACACGAAUACACGAUUAAGGUGGGAGAAAAAAAGUCUUUGAAUCGACUCUGCAAGAACGUCAAAUUCUGAUUCUAUGACUAUCGCGUGUAAUCGUAAUCGACCAAUGGGGAGAACUCUCGCAGCAAUUAAUUCACACAGCCAGUUCGUCGAUGAACUACCCGAAUCCAUCCAAUAUUUGAGUCAUCUGUUUCACGCCACGGACAUUCCUGCAGGAUUUUAUCGACUAUUUUUGUCUAAUACCAUGACGGGGUAUAAUUAUGUUUUUGUGUUUUGGUUGUUCGAUAACAUGGAGG